AGAAAUACAAGAUGGUGCGUGCUUGGUACAUGGACAGCAGUGAUGAGGACCAGAGAAAUGAGCAUCACCUUUCCCCCCCAGAAUACGUGACCCUUGAGAAACUUCGUGCUGAUACUGGAGUUUUAUACUGGAAGUUAGAUAUAAAAAAUUUUGAACCUGAGCUUGAGAAGAUUAGAUCCAGCCGAAGCUACUGCUACUCAGAUGUCAUCGAAGUCUCACCAGAAAAGCUCCCGAAUUACGAAGAAAAGCUCAAAAACUUUUACGAGGAACACAUCCACACUGAUGAAGAAAUUCGUUUUAUCCUGGAAGGCUCUGGCUAUUUUGACAUUCGAGACAAGGAAGACAAGUGGAUCAGGAUUGAAGUGAUAGCUGGAGACCUCCUGAUUCUCCCAGCCGGAAUCUAUCACCGAUUCACCUUAGAUAAGAAGAACUAUAUCAAGGCCAUGAGACUGUUUGUCGGGGUUCCAGUAUGGACUCCGUACAACCGACCUGCUGAUGACAUGGACGCUCGCAAAGAGUAUGUAAAGAGGCAGAAAGUAGGCUUUACUGAGGAAUAAAGGCAGAAGAAAAGAAUCAGAUAUGAUGGGGCUUUCUUUGGAUGAUGUUUUGUAAAUUUUGAAAUCUGGGAGGACUUUUGCAGAUUACUGUUCAUUGUUUCAUUGCUAUUUGGUAGCUUGUUGUUGAAAAUAGUACUGUUGAUAUAUUAUAUGACUAGUUUUCCUCUUUUUUACAUGUCUAAAGGCUGUAUGCAGUUUGUGCAAGUUUUUUUUUAAUAUAUAUGUUAUGGUACAAGUGUAUCUGUAUUCAUUGUAAAGAAUUAGAUUAUUGAAUCUAGAGAUUGCUAUGAAGGAAAAUAUAUUGCUUAAAUAUAUCUGUUAAAUUUUAAAUUUACUGAAAACUGUAUAAUUCAGACUUGAAUUAUAAACUGUCACUUUUCAUGUUGAUUAAAUGAACAGAUUUUUUUUAUGUUUCAUGAUUUGUUUUGUAAGUGAUUGGCCUGUUGUGAUAGAAUAUUGCCAUACAUUCUUAUUGUUAUAUUGCUGACUUACAUAGACUUCAAAUUCUAAAUGAAUAUUUUUGUAAUAUUGAAUUUCCAUUAUAUGAUACCCUGUGAAAUGUUAGUGUUUUAUGAACUUUGCAUGCAUAGGUUAAUGAAAUUAAUUAUGAACCCUAUUAUUUUGAUAUUAAGCA